CGCGCGGUUCGUUUGAGUUUAAAAUCUUUGACUGUGGUGAUCGUCAGUAGGCGCGAGACGGUAAAACUUAACGGCGAGAGUCGCUCUAAGUCGGGAAUAAACAGUGUAUUUCUCUUUAUAACUUCGACUAACGUGAAAUAAGACGAAGAUGUCGAAAAAGCAGAUUUACUACUCUGAUAAAUACACAGACGAAGAGUUUGAGUACAGGCACGUGAUGCUCCCCAAGCAGCUGUCCAAGCUGGUGCCCACAUCCCACCUGAUGUCCGAGGAGGAGUGGCGAGGCCUUGGAGUGCAGCAGAGCCAAGGCUGGAUUCAUUACAUGGUCCAUAAGCCAGAACCACACAUACUGCUUUUCCGAAGGCCUCUUCCAAAAGACUGAAAAAAGGGGACUUCCGGAGACACCAACCUAGAUGCAACUGCAUAUAUGUAACAGAUUGCAAUUUAAAGUUACUGCUGAGUUGUUUCUGUUCAUAUUAUAUUUAUAUUUUGUGCAGUGGGCCUUUUUUGGUUUCAUGUUGAGUGAAAAGGACCACAUAAGAUUCCCCAGGCUGUGUUUUUGUAGGCCAAUACAUUCCCAGCUUCUGGAAAGGAUUCUGUUAGUCUGGCAGGCUCGAUUUACAACAGAUGUGCCCAAAAUGUGGAUGGAGGUUAGCCACAGAAUGGUUAGGUAACCUUUUUUUUUCUUUUAUAAAAUACAUUAACUUAAAGACGUGGUUCCGAAUGGUAUUCAGUGUAAUAUUUAUGGGAGACAUUAUGGGUUAGGCGAUGUUACUAAAAAAGGAUGGAGAGAAGUCUUGUUUUCUAAAGCCCCUUGACAGUCUUGUUUUCUUUACACUCUAUUUAAUUUUGAAUGUUGUUAAACAUUGUGUUUAGACAGUACAUAAAUCUUUUAAUGUACUAUUUAAGUUCAGAUAUAUGGCAACUAUAAGAGUUUGUUGAUGAUAAAUUCUGUUUUAGUCUAAA